GAGAGCGAGAAUGUCGGCUGCCGGGAGAAGCGUGGUGUUCGUCACCGGCAAUGCGAAGAAACUGGAGGAGGUGAUUCAGAUCCUAGGGGACUCCUUUCCAUACAGACUGGUUGCAAAGAAAAUAGACUUGCCCGAGUACCAAGGGGAGCCUGAUGAUAUUUCUAUCCAGAAGUGCCAAGAAGCAGCAAAGCAGGUCCAAGGACCAGUUAUAGUAGAAGACACCUGUUUGUGUUUCAAUGCCCUUGGAGGACUCCCAGGGCCAUAUAUCAAAUGGUUUCUGGAGAAGCUGAAACCAGAAGGUCUGUACAAACUGCUGGCAGGAUUUGAAGAUAAGACUGCUUAUGCCCUCUGCACGUUUGCCUUCAGCACUGGGAAUCCAGGGGACCCGGUGAAGUUAUUCAAAGGUCAGACUCAUGGAUGUAUAGUUGACCCACGGGGACCCAGAGACUUUGGAUGGGAUCCCUGCUUCCAGCCAGAGGGAUAUGACCAGACGUAUGCUGAGUUGCCCAAGUCUGUGAAGAACUCCAUCUCUCACCGUUACAAAGCCCUGAACGAACUGUCUACCUACUUUAUUCAGCAGCACAAAGAGGCCACGGGUGGUCCCAGUUAGCCUGCUGGGAGAGGGGGUCUGAGGGUUUUGCACGGAAAGUUACAUGUGAAAUAUGCGGUUGGUGUUUGGCUGUCUAUA